ACUAUUAAUUGUCUUUUUCAGGAUAGUAAACAGAAGAAAAAAGCAACAUCAAACCUGAACAUACAAGUGCAGAACCUGAUCUGUCUGACUCAUGGAUCACAAGGUUUCUAGACAGCCCUUUGUGGUAUUUGGAAACUCUACAUCAGUUCAGUUUGAUCAUGACAACAUUCUACUGGGAGAAGAAUCACCUCUUCUUAAAGAUGAAGUUUUCUUCAAGAUUGAUCCUGUACAGAUGAAGAUAUCAGGAAGUCAGGUCUCAAUAAUCAACAUGAUUAACCACGAUACUAAACAUCACCUGGACUCUGCGGAUCAGCUCAUUGGUCAACUAAUGCAUGACAAUGAAAUCUCUGCCUUCAUCUUUGUUGUGCGUCUGGGUCAGUUAACAGAUGCUGAUAAGAUGUGUCUUGAAUGGCUACAGAGAGUAUUUGGUGACAGAGUUCUUCAGUUUAUGAUGAUUCUCUUCACUUAUGAGAGAAAAGAAGAGUUUGGCUCCUUAAUAGAUGAUCUGAAGAAAAACACUGUUGAAGAAAAGCUGGUGAAGAAAUGUGGAGGAAGAUAUCACAUCUGCAGCAAAACCAUGAACAACCAAUCAGAGAUGAGUGAACUGAUGAGGAAGAUUGACCAUCUGUCUAAUGAGAAUCAAGACAAGUACUACACUGAACAGAUGUACAGCACACAGUUAAGAGAAAGAAAAAAACAGAAAAAGAAUGCAGUCCGCCGGAAUGCCCUGACCAGAGGUCAUACAGAAAAGGAGACAGAGUUCCUCAUCGCCAGGUGGCUGCAGCUAGCAUCUGAUAGGAAUGGUGGCUGAAGCCAGAAGACGAACAGGCAGACAACAAAUUAAAAUGUUUCAGUUAAAACUGUUAAUAUUGGAAAAUAUUUGAACUCAUUGAUUUUAAAUUAAUGGGGUGUGUGUGUAUACCUCGUAAUACAUUUUGAGGUCCCCAUUGUUUUACGGUUCGAAAAUUAGUACCUUUUGCCUAUUCUUUUCUAUUCAGGGUAGGCAAGGAUAGUCGAAUCUACAACUAUGUCUCUUAAGUAUAACAAUCACAUUACCUUAAGUGAAGUAAUACUCUAAGAUUAGAUCAUACUCACAUCAAUUUAUAGGGAAGGUCUCAAAGGCCAAAUUCCAGGAUCAUGUUCAAGGCCUCAUGGCACGCCUUUGAUCCUUACGUUUACUGGGGAACUCCCCUAUUAUCUUCUUAUAUAUACGACAAAGUCUCUUUGUUGUUUUUAUGCUCAUUUAACAUUUGUUCCACAUGUUCAGAACACUAAGACAUGUUUUUUCAAAAGUAUUGCAAAAUUGCGUCCGAUGUUGUCACUUCCGGUUGCUGAAAAGCUGAUCACAUUUACUAUUGUAAUGCUUUAUUGAUAGGGGUCCCAAACGCUACUCUAAAUAAACUACAGCUGGUCCAAAAUUCACCUGCCCGAAUACUGACUGGAGCCAGGAUGAGGGAUCACAUCACUGCAGUCUUGGAGUCUUUACAUUGGCUCCGUGUCAGAUUUUGGGUGGACUUUAAAGUUCUUAUGCUUACAUAUAAAGCUUUAAACGGUUUGGCUCCUCACUACCUCACUGAGCUUUUAGUUGCCUACACCCCCGUGCAUACUCUGCGCCCCUCGGAAACUGGCCUUUUAGUUGUUCCUAAUACCCGUUUAAAGCUUAUUUCUUUAGGGUAGCUUAACUCACUGAUAGUAUGUUGUUAUUUUGUGUGUUUUUAUAUUUUACUUUUUUUAUGUAUUGCUUGUAUAAUUGUUUCUUUUUUCUUUUGUGCUGCGCUUUGAGAUGCUACUUUUAAAGGCAGUAUAGAAAGAUGAAGUUUAUUAUUAUUUUUCAAGCUCUUCUGCGCUUUGUCAGACGAAGACAGGUCUUUAAAUCAGACCUGUAAUGUAUCUCUUAUGUUUUGUUCUAUCUAAUACAUGUAUCAAUCUCUCUACUCUUAAUAAACUAGUAAAUACAAAUCCAUAUAUGUGUCAAAUUGUUAAACAUGCAAUUUAAGAGCUGUAUAUAUUCCCAUCUCAGUGAUUAUAAUACUUUGCAUUAAAGCAACACUUGGCAUAUAAAAUAACAAAAGGAGUAAAAUAACAAACCACAGGUUUAUAUUGCUCCCAAGGAUUACAUAUAACAUUAGGUGUACUUGUUACGGCUUCCAAUAAGCUGCUUCCUUCCCCAAAUGCCCCUGUCUGUCAUUAGACUUGUGCUUAAUUAUAUAGUUCACCAAGUGCCACCUAGUGGACAUGAACAAAAUGGCUCCUACAGUACUAUUUGGCUUAAAAAGGUUGGAUAAUGUGCAUCUUACACAACACCAUGAGGAAACAAGCUCAUAAAUCAAACAGAAUGAUGUUUCACGAAAAUCUAAGGCAGCAGAAA